CGGCCUUGGUCUCAAAAUCCAGACAUUCCUAGGUAACAUAUUUUCCCAUCAGCCAAACAGAAAUUUUCCAGGAAAGUGUAAGAGAUGGAGAAAAAGGGAACUUUAUGCUUUGUUGUGGCCCUUUUGGGGAUAAUAUCAGCAGGUGCUGGCUUUGCAGCUGAAGUUACAAGGGUUAAGGCUUCACAAGUUACACUGGAACUGGGAGAAUGUGUAUAUCCACGAAGCCCAGCACUGGUUCUAAGCUUAAUAUCAGCAGCAACGCUUCUGAUGGGUCAAAUAAUAAUAAAUUUCUCCACUGGCUGUUUUUGCUGCAAAAGAAACAAUGCUCAAUCUCAUAGUUCUAAUUGGACUAAAGCUCUUUGCUUCUAUAUUGUUUCUUGGAUAACAUUUAUGACAGCAGUCGGCCUAUUGCUAACUGGUGCUGCACUCAAUGAUCGACGAGGUGAACAAGUUUACAAAGAUGGUGGCAUCUACUGCUAUGUUAUCAAACCCGGAGUCUUUGCCGUCGGAGCCGUCUUGUCCGCUUUAAGUUCGAUUUUCGGAGUCUUCUAUUAUCAAACCCUAAACUCGAAAGCGAAGGAUGCGAGCAAUGCUCCAAUUCCGAGUCAAGGUGGCAUAGUCAUGGCACAACCUCAAUUCCCCUCUGAGAAUCCUGGUUUUGUAAAUGGAGAUGCUUAUAACAAGCGACAAUUCAAUUGAUCAAAAAGUUUUCGACUAUCGGAAGAUCGAUUCUCCGGCUGUUCGUCCGACGUGCGUUAGUCUUAAAAAUCUGUUUGGUGGUUGCAUUGGCAUGGGUCAAAUAUUAAAGCUUAUGAAUUGUGAAAGUUAUUUUAUUUUCCUUGACGUAA